AUAAAAUUUGUUUCCAUUCCUACUUACUCACUACUACCCCUCUCCCCGGCCGCUUAACAUUUCUCCUCUCCUCUCUCUUUCGGUCUCUCCUCCACUUACACACAGACUAUAUAAAUCUGCAAUCUCCUCUUUCAAUACGGCGCAAUCGAAACCGGUUCUCCUCGGGUCUCUCCGGCUUUAUCUACCCCGCGAAUUCACAGCGCCUGCACUUUGCAUCACACAUACGAAACACACUUCCUACAAUCCUCCAACUAUCCGAAUUCUUGAGAUUUUUUCCCUCCCCUCUCGGAGAAUCGCUUUCCAGCUGAGCCGUUGGUGAUUCCUGGUAACAAGAAUCGCGCGACUAGGUUAGGUUUUUUAUGUGAAGGUCUGGGUUCGAUUUGGAUUGCAAUUUAAUCGAAUUGAUUGGGUGUGCGAUUGCUCUUUGUUAUUCGUUCUGCCAGGCCGGGUUGUUUUGAGGGUAUUGUUAUCCGGGCAUGGAGCAUUAGUAUACCUAAUGGUCAAUUGGUCUAGGGUUUUCAAUUUCUCCGUUUUUUAAUUGGUCGUUGGAUAUUUAGCUUUUCUUUAUAGGUCGAGAAUUGGCCUAUUGCCCUAAUUCGACUGUAAAAGUGAGUGAAGAGUUUGUUUAGGACCGUAGAAGGAAUCAUUAUCUGUUCCAGUUGACAUAGAUAAUGUACGCUUGGUAAUAGCAUUAGCACUCGGAUUAGUCUUCGCUAUUAAUCUAUGUCUGGUAAUCUAAUGUUCGCAAUUCUGCGUUAACCCCGUCACUGUUGAUCCUGGCUGGCCUCUUUUCCCACGAACCAGUAGUUGGUGUCUUCAUUAAGUCCUUCCAUGGCUUUUGUGCAUUUGUGAUCACGGCUUGGCGCUGGAGAUGGAUAAGAGUGAGCCUAAAUUAGCACCAGAGUGGUUGAAAAGCGUUGGAAAUAAACCAGCAAGUGCCGCUACUUCUUCAUUGCAAUCGGGUGUUUAUGAAGCAUCAACAUUCGCUAGAAGUAAGUCAUCACCAGUAAAUGGGACCAGUAACAAUUUAGGGAGGCCGCUUGCUACUAAUCAAUCCAACCGGACCUCCAAUAGGAGCAAUUCUGAUCACCACCCUUUGUCUUAUAGUAACUUUGGAAGAAACCGUCGCUCUAGGGACCGGUAUGUAGAUAAGUAUGAUAACUCUGAUGUGGCAAAGAAAAAUUUAGGGAAUAGGACUCUGAAGGAUGGGUUUAAUAGGCCUUCGCAGCUGAUGACCACUUCUGAAAGACACAGCGAGAAGGGGAUUAUGAGCUCAUGCAGUGGUGAAAAUAAUAAUAAAAGCUACCCCAAUGGUCCUUUUCCUGAUAAAUAUGAAUCUGAAAGAGGUUUUGUGUCCCAUGGUACUGGAAUGGGAAGGGCCCUCUCUCCCGGUGUGAGUGCUGUUAAGAAUGGUGAUAAAUGGACAUCACUUCUGGCAGAAGUUCCUUCUCCUACUGUUAGUGAUGUUGCUGAUGGCGGUUUAGGCACUUCGUCUGCUCAAGUUGUUUCAUCUUUUAUCCCUCUAACAAUGGGAACACCGACUGUGUCUGGUUUUAAUAUGGCUGAAGCAGUGGCAAAAAGUCCACGUGUUCAGACAGCUUCCCAGGUGUCAAAUGGAAACCAGAGGUUUGAAGACCUAGCUAUUAAACAGUCUAGGAUAUUAAUUCCUGUAACUCCAUCUGCACCAAAAAUCAUGGCACUGAAUCCUUCAGAUAGGAGCAAGUCCAAGGUUCUGGAGCCACGUCCCCAAAACCAUCUCCCUUCACCAUCCCAUCUCUCCAAUCACUCUGUUCGUGCUGAGGGCUUAGCAACUUCUGAUGCUUCAAAGACAUCUAGAAAGCUGCUCGUUCUCAAACCAACUCGAGAGAGGAACGGUGUUUCCUUUGUUUCAAAUACCACAUCAGAGCCAAGCCGAGAUGUGAAAGCAGCAAUGACAACAAUGCAAAGGUCCAGCUCUAACCCAGUAUCUCCCACUGCCGCUGAGGGUAAGCCUGAUAAGAGACUUUCAUCUCAAGCUCGGAGCAGAAAUGAUUUCUUUAAUCUUAUGAGGAAGAAGAAAUCUAUGGGAGACUCGGGUGCUUCAUCUGAAACUCUUGUUGAUCCGGAUACCUCAACUCCACAAUAUGCUUCUCAGGGUCAAGAUAGUGAGUCGGACAAAAAGUAUGUCCUCAAUGAAGAGAAAAUGCUCAUUGGAAAUGUCAAGACUCAUCCCAGUCCAGAUGCACUCUUGUGUUCUGAGGAGGAAGAAGCUGCUUUUUUGCGUUCUUUGGGGUGGGAGGAAAAUGCUGAUGAAGGAGGACUUACUGAAGAGGAGAUUAGUGCAUUUUACAGGGAUGUAACAAAGUACUUAAACUCCAAACUGCCAUUGAAAAUUUUACAAGGAGUACAGCCAAGGCUUCUGCUUAAACUCAAUUCUUGAACGCUAUAUCUUUUUUUCACACCCAACUUGACUGGAAUUUUGGGAGAGUUCACGUUUUCUCAAGUCAUUUUUGCUGCCUCAUGAUGACAUAGCUCUGGAUCUGAGGAUAUAUGUUAGGAACCUUAGUAGAAUAGGAAGCAUGGUAAGAAUGAAUGGCCUUGUUUUAUAUGGAGGACAUGGUUUUCAAAGAAAUAAGCUCUCUAUGGUCCGAUUCUGAUUAUGUUUUUUCCUUUGUUUCUUGACAUACAGAAUAUAUUCAAAAUGCUAUUGCAGUUUUAUUUUGUUGAUAUUUCGGUC